UCGUUUCUUCAGUGUGAGCGAGUCGGGACAGGGUUUCACUCGACCACUCAAACAACAGUCAACUCUAUUAUUUAUGUUUUGCCUUCGGGAGUGAGACGUGUGAGUCCGUCAAGGCGAGAUUCCCAUCGGCCCAGAAUCGAGCCGUGGCGGAUUUGCUGGCUUAUGCACCAAAAUCGUGUUCACUCCGCGAAUAAUCAGUCGAGAUUCCCGAAAUUCAAUCAAUCGCGCUCUCUUUGCUAACGGGGAACUUGGUUGCACUACUUGUGUGCAUCAUCUGACACCCCAGCAUUGUGUAUCAUACGUGAGUUACGUAAACACCAGCAAGAAAGUGGCAAGGGCUGUUCUUGGAAGUCGGACAGCUUUGCCAGUGUAUCGAAGACCCACCCGAAAGACGAAUUUUUCUCAGGCGAAACGGCGCUAAUGGCUUCUUUCGUGUACCACCUCUCAAGCAGCAGCAGCAGUAGCAGCAGCAUUUCUUUCGGCCGGCGGUCGCGUAAAAACGACUUCCAUGAACGUGCUGAAGGUGCUGCUGGUGCAGUUGCUUAGACUGCUGGUGUGGUUGUGGUGUCGCAAGAGGACAAAGCAGCAAAGCGGCACGAUGAACCUGGUCGGCGUGGCGCACGACGCCUUCAACAGCCGCGACUUCGGGCUGGCCACCGAGCUGUACAAAAAGUGCGUGAGCGAGCUGGACGGCGUGGCGGACGCGGCGGCCACCAGGCUAGACCUUCAGUUCGGCUACGCCGACUCGAUGGCCAACAGCGGCCGCCUGCGCGACGCCGUCGCCGUCUACGCUCGCAUCUACAAGAGGGGCUGCUUGCCCGACCGCCUGCGCCACCUGGCCACGGCGCUCAUCAGCGCCCUGCACGCCGAUGGCCCGCCGCCCGCGCCCUUCGACCCGUUCGCCUGCGUCGCGUGCGGCAGCGUGCCCAGACAACCCGUCAGCUGGAACUGCGGACACUGUGUCUGCCUCAAGUGCGACCAGAAACACUCCAGGGACGCUCACUGUCCCAGAUGUGGAAAGUCCAAGGGUCGGUCAAGAAGGGAGGUGAACGUUCUCAUCAACACCCUGGUCCAGAAGUUCUGGCCGAAGCACCUGGAAGCAGCAGCCCUGCGGGACGAGGGUAACUCUCUGUUCAAGGGGGGCUGCCUGAAGGAAGCCUUAGAGAAGUACAAUGCAUCCGACAAAUUAGUCAAGGAUUACCCACUUACCCUGGCAAACCGCUCGCACGUUUUGCUGAGCUUGAACAGGGCGCAGGUCGCCCUGGCCGACGCAGAGACUGUGAUUAAAAUUUGGCCCCACUGGCCCAAGGGCUACUUUAGGAAGUCGUUGGCUCUGUCCUCGCUGGGCAAGCACGACGACUCGCUGAUCGCGCUUGCCUGCUGCAUCGCCCUGGAGCGCAACCCGCACCCCCUCCGGCACGACAUGUGCUUAGCCCUGCACCACGUGCUGCUUCCCACCCUGCGCGCCAAGUCGGCAAACUUCUGGAUCAAAAGGCGCAAAAGAGCCUCCAGUGACUGCGAGGACAGCGGUGACGAGGACCUGCACCAGCAUCAGCAGCGCGCUCGAGCACGGCAAAUCACGGUACAAGGACUGAUGGACAGAAUGCUUAAGGCAGCUGAACAGUUACAAAAAAAUACCAAGUCUGACAAGAGAAGCAUCGACUUCCUGUCCAAAGAGACUACCAGUCCCGCCGAGGUGGUCGAUUUUGAGUGCGUGCUGUGCAGCCGGACCUUAUGGCGGCCAGUGACGACUCACUGCGGCCACACCUAUUGCUGGACCUGCCUGGACAGAUGCAUCGACUACAACCACCCCUGCCCCCUCUGCAUGUCCCCCCUCACGGAGGGAGUCGCUGGAAGUGAACGAUCGGUAUUAGACUUUGUCGAGAAAGCCCUGUCGCUGCUGCUGCCUGAAGAACACCGACAGCGCCAACAGCAGGAACAGGAACAGUCCGCUGAACCUCAGAGAAGGAUUCCUGUAUUUGUGUGCACAACUGGUUUUCCCGGGACUCCAUGCCCCCUUUUUAUAUACGAGCCUCGCUAUCGACUGAUGAUUAGGAGAGCAAUCCAGAACGAAUCGCGUCAGUUUGGAAUGGCCGCCUACCUCGAAACGGAGGGAAGAUACGCGGAUUUUGGCACGUUGCUCGAGAUCCGAGAUGCUCUUUCCUUCAACACGGGCUGUUCCAUCGUGACGUGUGUUGGAAUCAGCAGGUUCAAAGUUCUUUCCAGAGGAGAAAAAGAUGGGUACAACCUGGCCCAGGUUGAACUCCUCAAGGACGAGCCCAUACCUGAUGAAAGGCUGGAAGUUGUUACAGCUCUGCACAACGAGGUUCGCACCAGAGCCCACACUUGGCUGUCGUUUCUGUCUGAGAAGUGCCGGUCGGAAAUCGAGCAGACUUUUGGCUGCAUGCCGGAAAUCGAAGAUGACUGGUUCGCACUGCCUGACGGCCCUCAGUGGACCUGGUGGCUCACGGCCAUUCUUCCUUUGGGCUCAAAACUCAAGGUUGGAAUUUUGGGCACAACCAGUUUGGAAAAGAGGCUGCGGGCCAUCAACAAAACUCUGGAGCAUUUGACAAGUCGAAACAUAAUCUAAAGAUGUAAAUCAUAUCCAACUUUCGUCUGCGAUUUCUUUCUAAUCUUUUCGUUAACAUAUUCGAGCGAGCUUUUGCCUCGUAGCACUAAAUUUCACGGGGAGCUGUCGGUGUUUUUUUUCUAAUCGCACGGCAGGGACUCUUGAUUUUAAUAGUCAAUAGUGAUGUAACUAAAUAUUCUAAUGUGAUCAUCUACUGUUUUCUUAUGCUUUAAUAAAUUAUUUCUGUCAUUUUUUUUAUAUUUUCCGAGGAAUGCUCACAUAUUAUGCGACAUGUAUAUGUAAUAUACUGCUAAAUAUACGAAAAUGAAAUUGUAUAAAAAAUUG